AUGAAGCUCCUCACCAAGGAAGAAGAAGAUGCUCACUACAGAGCAGUUCUCAAAGGCGGCACAAUCGGCACAGUCCUGGGCCUGAUCGGCGGGUACGCCGGAGUCAUGGCCGCCUCGCGCCGCUACCACACAAUCCGCAACCUGACGCUCCCCAUGAAAGCCUUCCUGAUGACGUCGUCGGGUACCUUCGUCGGAAUUAUCGCGGCAGACAACUCAUCCCGGAACUACGAAGCCGAGCGUAACGCCGACCAGCAAUGGUACCAGAACCGAGAGCAGCGGCUGCGCGAGGAGUCGCUGCAGGGCAUGAGCUUUAUGGAGCGGUCGCUGGCGUGGGCCCGCAAGGAGAAGUACACUAUUGUCACGGCGACGUGGGUGGCGUCCAUGAUUGGAAGCUUUGUGCUCGUCGGCCGGAACCCGUAUCUCAGUGGACAGCAGAAGAUCGUUCAGGCUCGUGUCUACGCCCAGGGAUUGACGCUGGCGGUCUUGGUUGCUAGUGCGGCGUUUGAGAUCAGUGAUCAGAAGAAGGGCAAGGGCAUCUUGAAGAAGAAGUUGGAGGAGGAGAGCGCCAAACAGGGUCAUGUUGUUGAGGAGCUGCCGGUACAGCAGGAGCAGGGCGAGGGCGAGGGCGAUCUGUGGAAGGAUAUGGUCGCUGCUGAGGAGGAGAGGCUGAAGAAGAAGCACCAGAGUGUUUGGGAGCAUCCCGAGUUGCAUAAGGAGGCCCAGCAGCAGCAGGCUAAGGAGGUCAAGUCGGAGGAGAAGAAGGAGCAGCAGUGA